UCAAUUUAUACGUUUGGAAAAAUUUUUUCUCUUACAAAGUUGAAAAGAAAAAUUAUUAUAAAUAUUAAGAAAAUGCAUUUAUUAAUAAUUUAAAGAGGAACUUCGUGUAGAUAAAACUCACAUCAACAUCAUGCGGUCAUGGCCAUUGCUUACUUGGGUCGUAUUACUGACAUUAAUUACUGUCAUAUACGGAAGGACUGCUAAGAGAUCUGAUGUUUACAUAGCUGGAUUUUUCCCCUAUGGCGAUGGUGUGGAGAAUUCAGAUACAGGACGUGGUGUUAUGCCAAGUGUAAAGUUGGCUUUAUCGCAUGUUAAUGAACAUCCAAGGAUAUUGACCAAUUAUCGUCUGCAUAUGUGGUGGAAUGAUACAGAAUGUAAUGCCGCUGUAGGUGUUAAAUCCUUUUUCGAUAUGAUGCACUCUGGUCCAAAUAAGCUGAUGCUGUUCGGUGCCGCAUGUACUCAUGUUACCGAUCCCAUAGCCAAGGCCAGUAAACAUUGGCACCUGACACAGCUAUCCUAUGCCGACACCCAUCCAAUGUUUACCAAGGAUGCUUUUCCAAAUUUUUUUCGCGUAGUACCCUCGGAGAACGCGUUCAAUGCACCACGUUUGGCAUUGCUAAAGGAAUUCAAUUGGACACGCGUUGGAACUUUAUAUCAAAAUGAACCACGCUAUUCAUUGCCGCAUAAUCAUAUGGUAGCCGAUUUGGAUUCCAUGGAACUGGAAGUAGUGGAAACCCAGAGUUUUGUCAAUGAUGUCAACGAAUCGCUGAGAAAAUUGCGAGAAAAGGAUGUUCGCAUUAUAUUGGGUAACUUUAAUGAGCACUUUGCGCGUAAGGUUUUCUGUGAGGCAUACAAGCUGGAUAUGUAUGGCAGAUCCUAUCAAUGGCUUAUUAUGGCUACGUAUUCUUCAGAAUGGUGGAAUUCAACGCUGGACACCGAAUGUACUGUGGAAGAAUUAAUACAAGCCUUAGAGGGCACUAUGCUGGUGGAUCUCUUGCCAUUGUCCACCAGUGGAGAUAUAACGAUAGCGGGAAUUACAGCUGAUGAAUAUCUAUCCGAGUAUGACAGUCUGCGUGGCAAUGAAUACUCCCGAUUCCAUGGCUAUACCUAUGAUGGCAUAUGGGCUGCAGCUUUGGCCAUUCAAUAUGUGGCCCAAAAACGUGAAGAUUUCCUAACACAUUUUGAUUAUCGCGGCAAAGAAUGGGAAAGUGUGUUUCUGGAAGCCUUAAGAAACACUUCGUUUGAAGGUGUUACGGGUCCUGUUCGUUUUUAUAAUAAUGAACGUAAGGCAAAUAUUCUAAUAAAUCAAUUUCAAUUGGGGCAAGUGGAGAAAAUAGGAGAAUUUCAUUCACAACUUAGUCAUCUGGAUUUAACAAUGGGAAAACCUGUUAAAUGGGUUGGCAAAACACCACCCAAAGAUCGUACCUUAAUCUACAUCGAACAUAGUCAGGUCAACAUUACCAUCUAUAUAAUCUCAGCUAGUGCUUCAGUUGUGGGCAUGAUAAUUGCCUGUGUUUUUCUGGCAUUCAACAUAAAAUAUCGAAAUCAAAGAUAUAUUAAAAUGUCUAGUCCCCACUUGAAUAAUUUAAUUAUUGUGGGUUGUCUUUUGACCUAUAUGAGUGUGAUAUUUUUGGGCUUGGAUACUACACUAAGCAGUGUGGCCGCAUUUCCUUAUAUUUGUACCGCACGUGCUUGGAUCCUUAUGGCUGGCUUCAGUUUGGCCUUUGGUGCCAUGUUUUCAAAAACAUGGCGCGUGCACUCGAUUUUCACCGACUUGAAAUUGAAUAAAAAAGUCAUCAAGGACUAUCAAUUGUUUAUGGUGGUUGGAAUUUUAUUGUUUAUCGAUAUAGCCAUAAUAACAACAUGGCAAAUAGCUGAUCCAUUUUAUCGUGAUACCAAACAAUUGGAACCGAGGCACCAUGAACACAUGGACGAUGUUUUGGUUAUACCGGAAAAUGAGUAUUGUCAAUCGGAGCAUAUGACCAUAUUUGUUAGCAUUAUUUAUGCAUAUAAAGGCUUGCUUUUGGUCUUUGGUGCCUUUUUGGCCUGGGAAACGCGUCAUGUUUCCAUACCAGCUUUAAACGAUUCCAAACAUAUUGGAUUUUCCGUUUACAAUGUCUUCAUAACAUGCAUUGCCGGUGCUGCCAUAUCGUUGGUGUUGUCGGAUCGCAAAGAUUUAGUUUUUGUCUUACUCUCAUUUUUUAUAAUUUUUUGUACGACAGCCACUUUGUGUUUGGUGUUCGUACCGAAAGUAAGACUGGUACUGGUGGAACUGAAACGUAAUCCCCAAGGCGUAGUUGAUAAACGUGUGCGUGCUACUUUAAGACCCAUGUCUAAGAAUCGCCGAGAUUCCUCGGUAUGCGAAUUGGAGCAACGUUUGCGUGAGGUGAAAAAUACCAAUUGUCGUUUCCGCAAAGCUUUGACAGAGAAAGAAAAUGAAUUGCAAGCUUUGAUUAAAAAGCUUGGACCAGAGGCAAGAAAAUGGAUUGAUGGUGUGACAUGUGGCUCUGGCGGAGGUAGCAUAGGAGGUGAUACGGAACCCAUUUUAAGUGGAAAUCCCAAUAGUGGAGUGAAUGAUACAGCACGACUUUCAGCGCCACCUGUAAGAAGGGAUAUGCCAAGCACUACAGAAAUUACCGAAUUAACAUCGGUGGAUAGUGUUACCUCGACUCAUGUCGAGUUGGAUAAUUCAUUGAUGUCAGUGCAGUCGACCACCGUGGCACCAUCAUUACCACCCAAAAAGAAUAUCAAACGCCAGGAUAGUCAACAGCAGCAGCAACAACUACCACCACAUCAUACCACUAAAACGCACCAUGUCAUGCAACAGCCCAUACAGCAGCAAUUGCAACAACAACUGCAGCAGCAGGCCCAAUUUCAACAGCAGCAACAGGCGAAACAGCUAUGCAAUGAUUCCAGGCGUCACGUGGACAAACGUAACUCCGUUUCGGCUCAAACUGAUGUAAGCAUUGGCUCUAUGUCCAGCCUAAAGCGACAGGAAUGCAAUAACAUACAUCGAGAGGAUUCAACAUUGAGAGAAAGGCGUCAGUCAACAUCCUCCAGGCAUUACGACAGUGGCACUCAAACACCCACAUCCAGAUCAAAGUAUACGAACAACAAUCAUCGCAACUCUUCAACGAAUGUCUCGGCAUCCCAAACAGAUUUAAAUAAUGUGUGUCCACAUGGCGGCAGUCAUGGCAAGACAAAUAAUAUUGUCAAAACACCAGUGGCAUCAGAAACUAGACGCGUUAGCAUGGGUGCAGCGUUAAAGUCAAAUUUUGUUGUGUCACAAAGUGAUCUCUGGGACACUCACACCCUGUCGCACGCCAAACAGCACUCAAGGCAAUCGCCUCGCAAUUAUGCCAGUCCACAACGUUGCUCGGAGCACAGUCAUAUGGUACCAACAACCUACGAGCAAAUCACUUCGCCCAUACAACGAUCCGUUUCGGAGAAGAAUCGUAACAAGCAUCGCCAUAAACCCCAAAAGGGAACCGUUUGUCAAAGUGAGACCGACAGUGAGCGGGAGCGAGAGCCUACACCGCCCAGCACGCAAUGCAUGCAACAACGAAAGGCCAACCGAACCAACAUUCAACAUGCUGCCCACCACCAUUCCUCGCCCAUGAUUGCACCCGACAAACAACGUUCCAGUAAUAACACCAAACAUCGUGGCAUAAAAACCGAUUCGUCUUCAAUGUACGGCGCCAGCUCCGAAACAGAACUGCUCGACGGUGAAACUGCAAUUUUGCCCAUUUUCCGUAAGCUACUCACCGAGAAAAGUCCAAAUUAUCGCGGACGCAAUGUGGUUGGCCAAAGUUGUCCCAAUAUAUCGAUUAAAUGCGAUAUAGUCGAAUAUUUGUAGUUUAUCUGUUCUGUAUUCUGGCUAACAUAGAGCAUAGAGGAUCUAAGUGUGGACGUUUUAUUUUUUCAAAAACGAAAGAAUAAUUGAAUAGAAUCUAAUUCAAGCUUU